GGUCCGGAAGUGAGCGGCCGGAGCCCGGCGUGACUUUGAGCGGCUCGUCCCGCGCCUGCGUCAGGUGCCGCCGGGGCCGGGAGACUCCGCCGUCUGCCCGUGGGUCCGUCCUUCUGUCCGUGCGUCAGACAGUCCCGCCAUGUGGCUGCUCCGAGUCCGGGCGGCGCUGGGCGGGCGCGGGCUUCGGCCCGGGAGGCAGGUGAAUUGGAAGGGCUGUCGAUGGUGUUCAGGAGUUGUGCCUAACGAGAGGAUCCGCAACAUUGGCAUUUCCGCUCACAUUGAUUCUGGGAAAACGACAUUAACUGAGCGAGUGCUUUACUAUACGGGAAGAAUAACCAAAAUGCACGAGGUGAAAGGUAAAGAUGGAGUUGGUGCUGUCAUGGAUUCUAUGGAACUCGAGAGACAGCGAGGAAUCACCAUUCAGUCUGCAGCCACCUACACCAUGUGGAGAGAUGUGAACAUCAACAUCAUAGACACGCCUGGGCACGUGGACUUUACCAUCGAGGUGGAAAGGGCCUUGCGGGUAUUGGAUGGCGCUAUCCUGGUUCUCUGUGCGGUUGGAGGUGUUCAGUGCCAGACCAUGACCGUCAGCCGUCAGAUGAAACGAUACAACGUUCCCUUUCUGACCUUCAUUAAUAAGCUGGACCGAUUGGGCUCCAACCCCUCCAGAGCCCUGCAGCAGAUGAGAUCUAAGUUAAAUCAUAAUGCCGCAUUUGUCCAGAUACCCAUGGGCUUGGAGGGUGAUUUUAAAGGCAUCAUCGACCUCAUUGAGGAGAGGGCCAUAUACUUUGAUGGAGACUUUGGUCAGACCAUCCGAUAUGACGAAAUCCCAGCAGAGUUCCGGGCAGCAGCGACUGACCACCGCCAGGAACUCAUUGAGUGUGUGGCAAAUUCGGAUGAGCAACUUGGGGAGCUGUUCUUGGAAGAAAAGGUCCCCUCGGUGGCAGAUUUAAAGCUUGCAAUCCGCAGAACAACCAUUAAUCGAUCAUUUACACCUGUUUUUGUGGGGAGUGCUUUGAAGAACAAAGGGGUGCAGCCUCUUCUCGACGGUGUCCUAGCCUACCUCCCCAAUCCAUCUGAGGUCCAGAACUACGCCAUUCUCAAUCAGGAGGACUCCGAUGAGAAAUCCAAAGUCUUAAUGAGCUCCAAGAGAGAUAACUCCCAACCUUUUGUCGGCUUGGCUUUUAAACUGGAGGCUGGACGAUUUGGACAGCUAACUUAUGUGCGAAAUUAUCAGGGUGAAUUGAAGAAAGGCGAUACCAUUUAUAACACCAGGACCAAGAAGAAGGUGCGAGUGCAACGUCUUGUCCGAAUGCACUCGGAUUUGAUGGAGGAUGUUGAAGAAGUUUAUGCUGGAGAUAUCUUUGCCUUGUUUGGCAUCGAUUGUGCCAGUGGAGAUACAUUCACAAACAAAGACAAUAGCGAGCUUUCUAUGGAAUCAAUUCAUGUUCCUGAUCCUGUCAUUUCCAUAGCAAUGAGGCCUUCUAACAAGAAUGAUCUAGAGAAAUUUUCAAAGGGCAUUGCCCGGUUUACAAGGGAGGACCCCACCUUCAGGGUCCACUACGAUCUUGAAAGCAAAGAGACAAUCGUUUCUGGAAUGGGAGAGUUACACUUGGAAAUUUAUGCUCAGAGGAUGGAGCGAGAAUACGGCUGCCCUUGUGUCACUGGAAAGCCCAAAGUAGCCUUUAGAGAAAGCAUCACUGAAGCUGUCCCGUUUGACUUCACUCAUAAGAGACAAUCUGGUGGUGCCGGCCAGUAUGGGAAAGUGAUAGGCGUCUUAGAACCUCUAGAACCUGAGAACUACACCAAGGUGGAAUUUGUAGAUAAAACCUUUGGGACAAAUAUUCCAAAGCAGUUUAUUCCUGCCAUAGAAAAGGGAUUCUUGGAUGCUUGUCAGAAAGGUCCCCUCUCAGGUCACCGGAUAUCUGGGGUACGAUUUAUCGUCCAAGAUGGAGCACACCACAUGGUGGAUUCUAAUGAAAUCUCCUUCAUUCGAGCUGGGGAAGGUGCACUUAAGCAAGCCUUGGCAGAUGCUACCAUGUGCAUCCUGGAACCAGUGAUGUCGGUGGAAGUGGUGGCUCCCAAUGAGUUCCAGGGCGCUGUGAUUGCUGGGAUUAACCGCCGUCAUGGAGUGAUCACGGGACAAGAUGGUGUAGAGGACUACUUCACUUUGUUUGCCGACGUGCCACUAAAUGAAAUGUUUGGUUAUGCUACAGAACUGCGGUCAUGCACAGAGGGGAAAGGGGAAUAUACGAUGGAGUACUCUCGGUACCAGCCGUGCCUGCCUGCCACCCAAGAAGAUCUUGUCCACAAGUACCUGGAGGCCACAGGUCAGCUGCCUGUGAAGAAGGGAAAGGCCAAGAGCUGAGUUUUCUCCCUGGAGCUGGGACUGACCUUGGUUUUGAUUAGCUCUGUGGUCUCUGAUGUUCCCCUGGCUUGGUGGAUUUCAGGGAGACUGGGACUUGGCUGUAUAAGACCCUACAGCUUUGGGUUAGUUUUUUUAGUUUAUUGUUAACUGGCUAUUAAAAAACAAUGAUUAUGCUGUAGUGCACAAAUAUUUAUUCGAGGGAUUGCUCCUGAUAACAGUGGAAAGGGCAUAAGGAAGCCUUUUCAGCCUUGGUUCUUUGCUUCAGGAAGCUGACGUAUUGGCCUGAAUUUUUAUUUGUAAAGGGUUUAAGCUCCUAAGCUUGCCGCUUAGGCUGAUCCCUCAAACUAUAUUUGGCGCUAGGAGAGUGGAGGACAUCUCACUGGGGCCUUGUGUAAAAUAAGGGAGAUUGCCAUGGGGUUUCCUACCUAGAUGAGCCAGAAGGUGGCCAUCAGCUCAGCACCAUGGACAGCCUCCAGGAUCCCCAGACAUUUGUUUCUGGGGAUGAUCCGCCUCGAUGGUGUAUUGUUCGAGGGUCCAUCUGGGGUCCAAGAAGAGUCUGCCUUUCCUUAGACUCCGUUGGUUUCCAACAGGCCUCCUGUCCAACCUUUUGAGACACGCACACAGCAGACUGUUGUCUUCCCUCUUACAAAGACGGGUUUCUGCUGGCAAACAAAUGAGUGAUGGCCCAGAGGCUUGAAACAACUGUCUGGUAUUUGGGGAAAUUGGCAUUUUGUGGCCUGGAUGGCUGGGGUGGGGAUGGGGGUGGGCUGGAUGAGAAAGGGGAGGAAGAGGUCUUCAUUUGUAUCAACAGUCUGAUUUAAACCAAGCUGGAAAUACCGAUCAUUUCCUCCAGAGACCAUCUGGAUAUCGAAGACUUCCCACCAGUUUCUUGGGAUGUUCAAACAAACAAGCUCAGUAGCUAAAAGAUGACAUUAGGUUCCUUGUGGUUUCUGGGAGUAUCCUCCGGAUGGCUUUGUAUUUUGAGGUUCACAAAAGAAGAUAUUAGUUAUGACUGUGACUUAAGUCCAUGAGCCUCAUAAGUAUUGCUGUUCCUGACUCAGCAUCGGUGUUGCAGGGUGUGCUUUGUUUGUAGAUUCCCAGGAAUCCCUCAUCAACACUGAGGCCACCCACAAGGGGAUGUUCUCAUGGGCUGUGCCUUUGGGUCUGCCAUAUUUGUUCCAGCUGUUCUUUCAGAUUUUCAGGGACAGAUCUGGGUGUCUCUUUUCUUCAUUAAGUGCUUACAGAACCAAGCUGUCAGUGUUGGAAGGGAUCCCAGGAGGCCUGUAGUUGAACAACCCUCCUCCCCUCAAUGUCCUUGACGAGCGGCCACACUCACUACUCUCUAAGGCAAUUUAUUCCACUUUUUGCUGCUCUCUCUCUAAACAUAUGCAUAGUUAAGGGAUUUGAAAUUUGCCAUCCGUCCUCAUUCUGGUCUUUGGAAGGCCAAGGAAAGCAGAGUGUUCCUCCAAGGCUUUUAUUCUCCAGAUGAAAUAUGCCCACUUCCUUCGAUGGAUUCUCAUGAAAUGCUUUUGUGUCUCCUCCCCACCUGAAUCUUAGACUCACUCUAGCAUAUCAAGGACUCUUCAAAUGGGGCAGCCAAGAUGAAACACAGCACAUGAGAUAGAGUUUGACCAGGCCGGGUACCGCAGAACCAUCACUGACUUUGUCUCUUAAUGCAAUCUAGAAUCACAUUUGCUUUUUAAAGCCAACAUGUCAUACUUACAGUCUGAACUAUUGCACUUGACCCAUGACUCCUCCAUCCUAUACAUUUGCAGUUCAAUUUUUAACCUAAGUGUAAGAUUUAAUAAGAACAUGUAACCAGGAUAAAAUAAACAUAACUCUAUCCUGUU